AUGACCACAUGGAAAGAGAGGCACUUCCUGCAUAAGGACAAAUAUAUUUCAUGGCCUGGAUUUUCUCCAAGACCCUACCAUAAACUAGCCAUUGAAAAACCACCGCAUACAGAUGCGAAAAUCAAGAUUAGCCAGAAAAUGCGCUGCCCGGUGGAAGAGGGUGCCUUCUGGCAUAUAUGGGGAUACCACACCUGGCUGGAUGUUGGGAGAUUGCCGCCAGUCUAUCGCCCAAGACCCGACCAGCCUUUCGACAGCAACACCUGGCGAUGGAUCACAGCUCCCAGGGUGGACUCCAUGGCAAAAAACCCAGUCCCACCUCCAUCGCUCUUGGAUGGAAAUACCUACAUUAAGUUCAUCCAAGGGGAAGCCUUGUUUGUGAGCCAGAGGCAGAAAGAUAGUGUUCUGGCCCGAACCAUGAAAGAAAUGAAACAGUGUAAGCAACUCAAACUGAGGAGUGAAUGCCGAGCCCCUCCGCUAGACGCUGAGGGAAAUAUUAUGCCCCCCCUAGAAUUCAAGCGACACAAGAGACCACUCCCAGGGAAAAGCCCAGCCCCCCGCUGCACCCAACCACUGCCAGUUGUGCCUCCUUCUAAGGACUGCUGGGACUAUCCGUGUCCAAGUCUGGAACCUCAUUACCAGGAGGCAGCUGUCAAGUUUGCCCUGAAGAACAGCAGUCUGAUUUACCCAGAGAUGGUGGAGAAAUACCGGCAACUGUCCCUUUCGGGGAGCAAAAUCCGGGCCUGUACACCCAACAGCUGA